UAUAGAUAUAAUGUGUAUGUGUGUGUAUGUGUGUCGAGUCGAGUGUUGCGCUUUGUGUUUGGCACCUGGUAGAAACAAGUUAAGCGAUGAAAAGCUUCAGAACGUCGAUAUACACAGCAACGACGACAUCGAAAUAUUUAAGUCUUGUACACUCUUUGGCAACGAAUUAUCCUCCCGACAAAAGCAGAAUUUUUCAAGUGUGUGGUUACCAUUGACAGCGUAAUUUGUGUUUUUUUUCGUUCAACAUUUAUUUCAGUUCGUUUUGCGCAAUUUUUUCACGAAAGGAAAAAAACAGAACGAGUCACGUUUAUAAUUUCUAAAAAAUAGCAUAAAUGUGUUUCAAUAUCGAUUGUUGUAGAAGCGUGUCCCCUUUUACAGUACAAAAUUACGACUUAUCAAGCAAACAUCAGCGAGGAAUCAAACGUAAUUAAGGAAGGAAUGCAAUAGACACAAGAAAAAAGUUAUUUUUGAAAAUAAAAACGACUUUUCAGAAAUAUUAAAUCGGUUGUCGAUAACGAAAUUACAUUUAUUUGAUCGCAAACAAGAGGAAAGAACAAAAAAAUAAAAGCAAAACAAUCAAUCCCUGUGUAAAUUCGAUUACACUGUAGAAUACACGAAAAAGAAAAUCAAUUAAAGUGUAUUACACGAGAGUGUAGUAGAGAGAGAGAAUAAAAGGAAAAAACACAGCGAAACAGACAUGUCGAAAUUAAUUUGGUACCUUUUUUUUGUGUCGUUGCCAUUUUCUGUGUUUGGAAUCGAUUUAAGUAGACUAUACGGACAUUUGAGACCGGUUCAAAAGCGUAGUGACGCAUGUCAUCCAUAUGAACCAUUUAGGUGUCCAGGCGAUGGCCAUUGCAUAUCAAUUCAAUAUCUUUGUGACGGAGCUCCCGAUUGUGACGAUGGGUAUGAUGAAAAUCCUAAACUAUGCACAGCUGCUAAACGUCCACCUGUUGAAGAGACAGCUUCAUUUCUACAAAGCUUACUAGCAUCGCAUGGACCAAAUUAUUUGGAAAAAUUAUUUGGUAGCAAAGCCCGUGAUGCGCUCCAACCUUUGGGUGGUGUGGAAAAAGUUGCCAUAGCUCUCAGUGAAUCGCAAACAAUCGAAGAUUUUGGUGCUGCACUCCAUCUAAUGAGAUCUGAUUUGGAACAUUUGCGUUCAGUAUUCAUGGCAGUAGAAAAUGGUGAUAUCGGCAUGUUGAAAUCAUUAGGCAUAAAAGACUCUGAAUUAGGCGAUGUGAAAUUUUUCCUUGAAAAAUUGGUUAAUACCGGAUUUUUGGACUGAGUAGCACCGGAAAAAGCAUCUCCUUUCUAUUAUUCUGUUCGCAUUAAUCCACAAUUUUACUCAUACCUUGAAACAUCUAUAGAUGGUUACAAUUUUUAAGCAAACAAUUGUGUUUUAUUGAAACUUGAUACAACGAUUAAAACAAAAACCAAAAAAAAAAACUGGAACAAUAGAAAAAUGACUAAAAUUGUGGAUUGACGAAUGAAGUGCUCAAUCAAUUAAUCUGUAAAAUGAUCGCUAUUUGUUUAAUUUCCAAAAGAGACAGAGAAAGAGAAAAAAAAUCUAUACAUAUCAUGAAUGCAGCUAUGCUACAUAUUUUUAUAUAAGAUUUUUGGUCAGUUAAGAUAAAAUUAAAAACUGAUUUCAUUUCUUUUUUGGUGAAAUUUUUCAAUUACUAUUUCUACUACACUACUUUAAAUAGCGAUAUUUUGCAAUUAUACACACACACAGGGGAAAUUCAAAUUGAUAUGAAGUACCUAAAUAAUAGAAAGUGUUCCAGUGCAUUGUUGUCCCAAAACUAGUACACAUUCUAUUAUUAAUCCUAUCCCAAUAUGGUUUUGAUCUUCGGUUAAAAAUAAAAACAUGCUACGAUUUUCCUGUGUGCACAAAGGGAAAAUCUAGUAUUCUUUUGUACCAAAAAUCGAACUGUGAGAAAAUCCGAACCACUAUACAGAAAUGUCAGAAAUUUACGAAAUUUUAGUAUUUUAUUUUUGAUAAUAAGCGCUAAUAUACAGCAAUUAGCGCUAAUAUACAGCAAUUAGCACUAAUACUGGAACACUUUUGCUAUUUAUGUAUUGAUAACACUGUGCGUCACUCAAAAUGUGACAGAAACGAGACCAGCCGGUUUUGGAUAAUUUGGGUAUGCUGAUUUCAAUGGCAUCGCCCAUUUUUCUCUAACACGUCAGGAUUUUCCACAAUUUUCCUAGAGAGUUUUUCGGAAAACCAAAAUUGGCUGUUUAUACCCUAGUAACAUUUUGAAUUCAUGCAAUAUUCUAGAGGGGUGACCUAUCAGGCGUUGUAGUACGGUUCAAGUAUAGUUAAGCCACACAAUUCGUUUUAAAAAAAAUUGAUUUGGCUAUUCCCCUCUGAAGUAAAAUUGGUAUCCAUUCAAACGCUCUGAAAAAUGAGUAUUUGGGGCAAGAUUUGGGGGUUUUUUGGCAUGAAAAGACCGAAUCUGACGUUUUUUCUGCUAUAAAAUUAGGUACACUAAAUUGAAUACACUUACCACACGUUGACAUUUUUGGUCAUUUUUGGUUAUUUUUGAUUAUUUUGGAUACUUUUUGUGUCGUAAGUGUAUUCAAACCCAAUUUUAUAGCAAAAACAGCGUCAUAUUCGGUCUUUUCAUGCCCAAUACUCAUUUUCAGAGCGUUUGAAUGGAUAACGAUUUUACUUCAAAAUGUGACUUCAGAGGGGCAUUUUUUUUAAACGAAUUGUCUGGCUCAACUAUACUUGAACCGUACUACAACGCCUGAUAGGUCAGCACUCUGGGAUAUUGCAUGAAUUCAAAAUGUUACUAGAGUAUAAACAGCCAAUUUUGGUUUUCCGGAAAACUCUCUAGGGAAAUUGUGGAAAACCCUGAUGUGUUAGAGAAAAACGAGUGAUGCCAUUGAAAUCAGCAUACCCAAAUUAUGUAAAACCGGCUGGUCCCGUUUCUGUCACAUUUUUAAAGUUAAAAAAUGACACACAGUAUAAUAUUUUGAACUCUGCUAUAAUUCAAUUUGGGUAUAAAAGAUGUCCCCGUAUAGACAACACUGACAAAUUAUAUCAACAACAGAAAAAUGUUCCAAGUCUCAUCCAAACUGAAAGAGUACAUUUUGAGUUUGAAACGUAGUGCAGUUGUUUUCUCUGAACAAAAUCCAUCAACGACAACUGUCAUGAAAUUUACGAAACCGAAAUUGGAUUUUCAUUCAAUUUUUUUGUGUAAUGUUCAAAACUACAUGAAUAAUUUAUUCAAAAUAACGACGGGAACCUUUUGGUAUUUUCACGAUAUUUUUUAGAUCGGACACUUCAACUCUAAUAAAAUAUGUGAAUAUUCCUUAUCAUAUACAUCAUCACAUUUAUGGUGCAAAAUUGAGACAAGCAUUGAUAACCGCCCAAUUUAUUUUUUCUCGCUUUAAUUUUUAAGAAACAUACAUUACCGUUUUUAACAAUUUCAUAUAUUUAUGAUUAUAAUUUAAAUUUAUUCUUAUGUGUGGUGCUUUCAAUAUAUUUUUGAACAAUAUUUUCUUCAUAUUUGCAAUGGAAAUACAUAAGUGUAAUUAAAACACACACACACACACAAUGAUAAUUGAUUUGUUUUUGCACUGUAAAUGAGUGGUGUUUACACGUGCUUACUUUCAAUGGUACAAACGAUCUUACAAAAAAAAAAAACAAACAAA